UAUUUUUAUUGGACAUUGAAGGUCGCUGACCAUUUGUUUCGAGCGCUUCGUGAUGGUGUUUCGGACGUGUCCUGUUUAUUUAACUUUAAUUCGGAAAGCAACGACUGCUACUGUCUCUCCAAAGGGCUCAUGCUCCGUGCUUUCACCUCUGGAACAAAAGUUUUAUCCACAUAUCGGUAACCGUGAAAUAGUGGGUUUCGGAGUGAAUGGCAAUCCUAUGUAUUAUGAUGAUAUAACAAACCCUUACCCUUCAAUCAGAUUUCGCAAUCACACACCUGAGAUUGCUAAACUUAGGGAAAAGGAACAAGGGGACUGGAGUAAAUUGACGGCAGAUGAAGUGAAGACUUUAUAUCGUCAUAGUUUUCAACGUACUUUCGCUGAAAUGUUAGCUCCACAUGGUCAAUGGAAAAUGGGAAUAGCGUAUGGCUUAAUCUUCAUCAGUAUUGGUCUUAGUUUCUACAUAUACAUCCGCACUUUUGUUGUCCUACCCCCGGAAAAUGUACUUCAACUGCCUGAGUACAAGGAAGCUCUUUUAUACAAAAAAGUGUUCAGUCGGUCAGGAUCGAUUGCUGAUGCCUACAAAUUUGAUAUCGCCACAAAGCGUUGGAGGGAAGAAUAAGUUGUUUAUGUAGUUUAGUGUUAGAUGUUACUGUUUGAAAUAAAUUAUAUUAGU